UAGAACAUUUUACAUCCGUUUAUCAUUUGUUGUUGUGUUGAGUGUGGUGAAAUGGCAGUCACUCACACCCUUUCAACUCUCUCUCCGUCACUCGUCCGAUGCUCCAACUCCAAACCAAAGCUUUCAUGCUCUCUCUCUUCUCAAGCUUUCAAGUGCAAGAGAGAGUACACCACCGUCAUGAUAGUGCCGACGGGGAUUGGCGCCGCCAUUGGAGGUUAUGCCGGUGACGCUUUGCCUGUUGCUCGCGCUCUGUCCUCCGUCGUUGAUUGCCUUAUCUCUCACCCUAACGUGCUUAAUGCUGCAAUGCUAUACUGGCCGAUGCCUAAUGCAUUAUACGUUGAAGGUUAUGCUCUUGACCGUUUUGCAGAAGGGUUGUGGGCGUUACAGCCCGUUCACCAAAACAGGUUUUAUCUUGUGAAGCAGGUGGGAUUAGUUCUUGAUGCAGGAAUAGAGGAGGAACUCCGGGUUCGCCAGUUACAAGUAGCUGAUGCUGCAAGGGCUUCCCUUGGAUUACCUGUCGUGGAAUAUACUGUCACAGACACUCCGUUGAAGGUAGAGAAGUGGGAGGAUCCAGAAACUGGCCAAUCAACUGGGAGGAUUAAGCACCCUGAUUCUUUACUUAGAGCUGUGAAUACAUUAGUGAAGAGGUCGAAAGUGAAUGCCAUUGCUAUUGUUGGACGUUUCCCAGAUGAUGAAAUUGAUGAUGUAGAUGACUAUCGGCAUGGAAUGGGAAUAGACCUAUUAGCGGGAGUUGAGGCAGUCAUAAGUCAUCAAGUAGUGAAGGAGUUCCAAAUUCCUUGUGCACAUGCUCCUGCAAUGUCUCCACUUCCAAUGAGCCUAUCUCUUAGUCCGAAAUCAGCAGCUGAGGAGAUUGGGUACACUUUCCUACCAUGUGUGCUUGCUGGCUUAAGUAAUGCUCCGCAAUACUUGGUCAUGGACUCCAAAUCCUUCGAUAAAGGUUGCAUACUGGCAAAUGAUGUGGAUUCCGUAAUCCUUCCCAAAGAUGCUUGCGGAGGGGAUGCAUGUCUUGCUUUUGCUAGAAAUAAAAGCAAAAAGCCACUUAUAAUUACUGUGGAAGAAAACGAAACUGUUCUUAAUGAUACUGCAAACAAACUUGGUCUUGAAGUGCUGCAUGUAUCAAAUUAUUGGGAGGCCGUUGGAGUUAUUGCAGCUCACAAGGCAGGGAUAGAUCCAUUUUCACUUAGACGUGAUAAAAUUCUCAAUAUCGGGUGCACUUCCUUCAUGCCUGUCAAUGGUCACACCAUUCCAAGAUAAAGAAUGGUUUCCUGAUUAACAUCUGGUCUAGUUCACAGUCUCUUUCAAGAGUACAUGUGGUGACAAAUUGCUGGUGUUAGUGACCACAAUGCACACUUCUAUUUCAGGGAAGGUACUGGACGUUUUAACUUCUAACUAUCCUCUAAUAGUGUGGGUCAGAUUUGAGAUAUAUACCUGAAUUAGUUUAAUGACAGGUUUAGCAGUCAGUACAAUCUGAAAUCGGACUUUUAUUUAGCUCUCUAAAAUGUUUAAACUUUAUUUGUUAAACCUGAAAUUCAAAGCUUUACAGGAGGAAGAUUUUCUACUCAUUCUUGUCAAGCUGCUAUAAAAAUCGCCCUUUCCAUGUGAAAAUUAGUAUCUCUUUCUUUUUCCUGCGAUUGUAUGGUAAAUUAACUAAUUUUCAAGUUGCAUAAAAUAAAUAGUUCGUAGUAAUUUAAAUACACAGGAUAUGGAUUUUGAAGGAUGGCGGAAAUUUGUACGAAUUAUUAUUACUACUAUAGAUGACUCAUUAAGUGAGAUUAAAUUAUCAUUUUUUCCUUCAUUAUUAGCUUUAACAAUUAGUUACUUAAGUGACAUUGAUUUAGUAAUAGAAAAUUGAUGUGGUUUUCUUUAAAGAAAUAAAGAACAAUGACGUCUUUUUGCUACAAGCAAGGUAUGAAGUUUUACCUCUUUUAAUGAGGCCUGUUAUUUUUACGUACGGUGAGGUUUGUUAAGGCUAUUUAUAUCUUCUUCUAAGCUAUUGCUUUCUGCAGGCCCUAAUUUCAGUUUGUCCCCCUAGUUUUAUUUCAAACGGUCUCCUCUAUGGAGACAUGGCCUUGUAGUGGUUGCUGAACCUUGAAAGGGAUCAUUCCAGCAAGGGUGGUGGAGGUCGUCGUGAUUUUCUCAAAGUCACUCAAGUCUAGGGUAGUUAGUUUUUAUUGUUUUGUUGGUUGAAAUGGUUUGCGGGUGUAACUAGAAAUCAGAGCCUAAAAAUAAGCUUUUGGAACACAUAAUUCGGAAUGUGUUAAGAUAAGAAGCAUCAACUUUCGGAUUGGCUAUUCUAGAAGUGUGUUAGGAAUAUUCUAUGUACAAGCUCACGAAA